GAGAUGGUGUGGGUAAAGGGCAGCCGGAGAAGAGGCGAACAAAGUUGUGGUGAUUGUGUGUGAGAACAGAGAGAGAGAGAGAGAGAGAGAGAGAGAGAGAGAGAGAGAGUGACGGAAUCGAAGAGAGAAAAACUAAAACAGAAAAUGAUUGAAAGAGAAAAAAUCAGAAGAGAACGGAGCGAAAUGAAGCAAAAAAACGCAAACAGACGAAGAAACCGAUCGAACAAAAAAAAACUAGGUAGCGAAAAAGAGAAGAAAAAGAGGCAAAAAACAGAAACAAAAACAUAGCAAUGCUAGCACAUGGUUUGCACGUACUUCGCAUACAUGCACAGACCGCGCGCGACUGUUCAAGCAUUCGGUUGCAAUGCACACUUACGAUGCGGCUCGUGCUUUUGUGUGUGAAUCACUCGAAUGCUGUUGCUUUCACAGCUGUCAAAGUACUACCAUACAAAAGAGAGCGGCCGACCGAACGGGAGAAAGAGAAAGACGUAGCACCAAAGCAACGUGUGCACUUUGUGUUUUUGUAUUGUUCCGUGUACGCUAUUUCUUUCUUUCUUUCAUUCUUCUGUUCACCUCUUCUCUAAUCAAUAUUGUUGUUAUACUUUGUUUUUCCAUUUCGUUUGCGUUGCUGUUUGUCGGUGGCCCGAGUCGUGUGCUAGUCUCAGUAGUACAAAGGCACGAGUAAAAGUCGACAGCAUUUCUCUCGGUUCACGCUGUCUGUUUAUUCCAUAUAUUUAUUUAUUUUUCUUCUGUAGAUAAGUUUUUUUUUCGCUGCGCUAAUUUGUGUCCGAUUCAUCGGAAUAAACGGCAGCAUUUUUGUUUUGUUUUGUUUCGUCUAUGGUGCUAUCGCUAUUGUCAAACAAACAAUCACUAUCAGAUUGAUUGUUUCGUCGAAUUGGACUCUCUUUUAUGUUAAUUGUGUUAGUUCAGUGCAAUCAGUGAUUGCCAAUCACAAAGUGCUCAUUCUCGUUAAAUGUGACGAAAUCAAAAGUGUUCAACACGUGAAGCAGAAAAAAAAAAUUGUGUCAAAAAUUUGUAGCCGAGAAGGAAUUUGGUUCGUCGAUUGUACAGAAAAAUUUGAAACAGAUUGCAUAUUGUUUGUGCAAAUUAAAGCAUUUUGAAAUUGUUUGAGCCCAGCUGAAAAAUUCAUAAAUUUACUCGUACCAAAGUGAAGAAUUCCGGAAUUUAGAUCGGAAAAAGAGAAGAAAUAAGGAAUUUUAAUCGUGCAAAAGUGGCAAAUUUAUAAAUUUUUUUGCACAACAGGAAUUUUACUAAAAAAAAAAGAAACGAAUGUUCAGUGAAAUGUCGAAAAUGUCGUGAAUUUUGUGUUGACGUACCCCAAAAUCGAUCGAGUGUGUGAAUGUUUUUUCCCGUGGCCACUCAAGAAAAAAACGCGCACACACACACACGCAGCGACAAUAAGAUCACAUUCUUAUUGGACGGUGGCUAUGGAAUUGUUGUUGCACUGUGUCAGUGUGAAUGGGAAAAGAAUAAGAAGAAGAAGACAAACCGACAACGAAGACGAGAAGAAGCAAAAAAGCAUACGAAAGACACACGAAGUAACCGUAACGAAACGUAUAAACGUCACACACUCCAGCACCUAAUUAAGUGGCCCAAGAGUUUCGAGUACGACAAGAUUACGAAAUAAUCUACAAUUAUGGCAAAACGACACACUGCUUAUAUUACGGGUGCACGAGUCUGGAUACCGAAUGCAACCACAGUGUGGGAAGGCGCUCAACUGGUUGACGACUUUCAUGAAGGCGAUAAACAAUUGAAAAUUUGCUGCGAUGCCGGCGACGAGCGUGUCAUUGAAAUACGAACCGAUAAUGAUUUGCCAUUGCUACGGAAUCCAGCUAUUCUCAUUGGACAAAAUGAUCUUACCGCCUUAUCAUAUCUACACGAACCGGACGUUUUGCACACACUUGAAGUGAGAUUCUGUGAUCGUCAGACAAUCUACACGUAUUGUGGUAUCGUUUUAGUGGCCAUAAAUCCAUAUGCGGAGUUGCCAUUGUAUGGUCCGGACAUCAUUCGGAUGUAUCGAGGUCAGACGCACCAAAGUCUGGAGCCGCACAUAUUUGCGGUGGCUGAAGAGGCUUAUGCGAAAUUGGAGCGCGAAAAAUGUGAUCUCAGUAUAAUUGUAUCGGGUGAAUCGGGUGCUGGUAAAACGGUAUCAGCCAAGUAUGCGAUGCGAUAUUUUGCAGCGGUUGGCGGCAAUGAAUUCGAAACGCAAAUUGAACGCAAGAUUUUGGCCAGUAAUCCGAUUAUGGAAGCCAUCGGCAAUGCAAAAACCACACGUAACGACAAUAGCUCGAGGUUUGGAAAGUUCACCAAGCUGCUGUUCACCAAUCGAAUGAAUGUGAUGUCAUUGACAGGAGCCACAAUGAACACAUAUCUGUUGGAGAAAUCGCGUGUUGUGUUCCAAGCGCCGGGUGAACGAAACUAUCACAUAUUUUAUCAGCUGUGUGCGGCCCGUGAUCAAUGGCCCGAAUUGAUGUUGGAUCAUCAGCAAACGUUUCGGUAUUUGAAUCAAGGGAAUACACCAAACAUCAAUCGUGUUUCGGAUUUGGAUCAAUUCUCUGAAACGGUGGCUGCACUGGAUACGCUCGGGUUCACAGCCGGUGAUGUCGACGACAUCGUUAAGACGUGUGCUGCCAUUUUGCACUUGGGCAAUGUCAACAUUGCGCCGCAUAAACGCAAUUCCAAAGAAGCCGAUCAAGAAGAAUGCGACAUUUCCAGCGAUGAUUUGCAUUUGAACCUCUUCGCCGAUAUUAUGCAAGUCGACCGGGAACAGCUACGCAAGUGGCUGAUUACACGACAAAUUGAAUCGAUUAACGAACACGUUCUGAUUCCGAUGAAUCAAAUUGCAGCGGAAACGGCACGUGAUGCGCUCGCCAAACAUAUUUAUGCAAAACUGUUUACACACAUCGUCAAUAUUGUGAAUAAGAAUCUGGAAAGUGGCCAUAAACAGCACUGCUUCAUUGGCGUUCUCGAUAUUUAUGGAUUUGAAACGUUCGAUAUCAAUUCGUUUGAACAGUUUUGCAUCAACUAUGCCAACGAGAAAUUGCAGCAGCAAUUCAAUCAACAUAUCUUCAAACUGGAACAAGAGCAGUAUUUGAGCGAGGGCAUCGAUUGGACCAUGAUCGACUUUUAUGACAAUCAACCGUGCAUCGAACUCAUUGAAUCGAAAUUGGGCAUCCUGGAUUUACUGGACGAAGAAUGUCGGGUGCCAAGAGGUUCAGACGAAUCGUGGGUGGGGAAACUGAAUGAAAAAUGUGCCAAAUACAAGCAUUUUGAAAGAGCUCGCUUCGGUAAUGCGUCCUUCGUAAUCAAACAUUUCUCGGACACCGUGCAGUAUCAAUCGACGGGAUUCUUGGAGAAAAAUCGCGACACAAUCUCAAAGGAGCUGGUGAAUGUGAUGCGAGAGUCAAAUUUGCCCAUUUGCCGUACGUUGAUAGCGUUGGAAGAGCGUACUUCGUCGCAUGGCAAAGAAACCAGUCUUGAUGGUCGUGUCAAGAUCAACGCCGCCAAACAUUUGGUUCAACCGUCAAAACAACACAAACACACCGUGGGAACACAGUUUCGAGACAGUCUUACGAAAUUGAUCUCAACACUGCAUGCCACCACUCCGCAUUAUGUUCGUUGCAUCAAGCCAAAUGACGACAAAGUCGCCUUCAAAUGGGAAUGCCAGAAAAUAGUGCAACAGUUACGAGCUUGUGGUGUCUUGGAGACAGUUCGAAUUUCGGCCGCUGGUUUUCCAUCACGAUGGACGUAUGAGAAUUUCUUCAGUCGUUACUUUUUGCUGUGUAAAUUGAGCCAGAGCAGUGACGACGAACGGGGGUCAUGCGCACACAUUGUUCAAAAUUACAUCACCGAUGAGGAUAAAUACCGAUUUGGACACACGCAGAUAUUCUUUCGCGCUGGUCAGGUGGCAUUGCUAGAGCAAAUCCGAACGGACUUACGGAAACGAUAUAUAAUCCUCGUACAAUCGAUGGUGCGUCGAUUCAUUGCGCGAAAGAAGUUCCUGCGAAACAAGCAGUUGGCAUUGGGAUUGCAACGAUAUUGUCGUGGCUAUUUGGCGCGUUGCAAGGCGCAGUCGAUACGUCGCGAACGUGCUGUGGUUGUGGUUCAGCGACGAGUACGUGGUUGGUUGUGCCGAGUGAAAUACCAGCGCGUCCUAAGUUCGGUUCUUUUGAUUCAAACGUAUGGCCGUGGUUUGCUGGCGCGUCGCUUGUUUGCUGUUCAAAUGGACAACUACAAAGCGACUGUCAUCCAGCGCUAUUGCCGUGGUUAUUUGGCGCGAAAAGCCUUUACCGAACGCAAACGCAAAAUUAUCAUCGGUCAAUCGGCCAUUCGUCGUUUCUUGGCUCGUCGUCAAUUCAAGAAACUGAAGGCCGAAGCGCGAACCAUAACCCACAUGCAGAAAAUGUACAAAGGUCUUGAGAACAAAAUCAUUUCGCUGCAGCAGAGAAUCGAUGAGCUCACCAAAUCCAAUCAACAGCUAUCAAAACAAGCGGCUGAAGUGCCUGAGCUCCACACCAAAUUGGAAGCAAAGAAACAGAUCGAAGAUGAAUUCAACAAAUUCAAGGCACAUGCCCAGAUUCUUGAGAACCAAGUCGAAACGUUGAAUAAACAAUUGGACGAAGAGAGAGAUGAAAAACUGGCUGCUUUGGAUGAAAAAGCCAAAGAGGAAGCGGAAUUUAAGCAGAAGUUCUUUGCGAUUAGCGCUGAAAAUGAACAUUUGAACCGGAAAAUUGAAGAACUCCAAGAAAAUCAAAAGGAGGUAGCGUCUGCCGAACGAUCACAAGUGCUGUCCGAUUUGGAUGACAACGAAAUUCAUCAAGCUUAUCAGAAAAUCGCACAGGAGAAGGAACAAUUGGAGAAAGAGAACUUCUUACUUAGCCAAGAGGUCGAUCGACUUAGUCGAUUACAGCCAAACUCGUACUUGUCACAUUCUAGAUCGGUUAGCAACGUUUCUAGCGUGAAUAUUGACGAAGAUUUUGGUUAUGCAUCAGCCAAAAA